UAUAAUGCCUUUUGUUCUCUCUAAACGCUCUUUUCUACUAUAAGCUCACUCGUCGAUAUAAUUCUCGGUUCAGGGAUUCGCUAAAAAGAUCCGACUCAAAAGAUCGAUUCGCUUUACGAAUCGCACACAGCUCGAGUCAACAUGGCAGAUGAAGCCACUAGGAAGACAGUUUCUGAAAUUCCGGUUUUGAAAACAAAUUCGGGACCAAGAGACAAAGAACUGUGGGUCCAGAGACUUCGAGAAGAAUAUUUAGCUCUCAUAAAGUAUGUUGAAAAUAAUAAAGCAGCUGACAAUGAUUGGUUCCGUCUAGAGUCCAACAAAGAGGGCACAAGGUGGUUUGGAAAAUGCUGGUAUAUUCACGAGCUUCUCAAAUAUGAGUUUGACAUGGAAUUUGAUAUUCCAGUUACAUAUCCUGCCACAGCACCUGAAGUGGCCAUUCCUGAGUUAGAUGGGAAGACAGCCAAGAUGUACAGAGGUGGAAAAAUCUGCCUGACGGAUCACUUCAAGCCACUGUGGGCAAGGAAUGUCCCGAAGUUUGGUCUGGCUCAUCUUAUGGCUUUGGGACUUGGACCAUGGCUUGCAGUUGAGAUUCCAGACCUCAUUGCAAAAGGCAUAAUUGAACAUAAAGAUCAGCAAAACAGCUGAAAACAGUAGCGGCCUUUGCAUUUCACUGUCUUACUGAUGCAAACACAAAUUACACUUUUAACAACA